AUGUUGCUCUCACUCGUUUCCAUCGCCCGCGACGGGGAGUGGACUGCUUCCCGCCCGGUCGUGUAUGCCACAUACGUCGCUUGUGUCGUUGUACACGGGCUGAUCACCACAUUCUUUGCGCGAAUUAUGCCGAAGAUCCAGACGCUCUGCAUCGUCAGCAACAUCGGGCUCGUGUUAGCAACCGUGAUUGCGCUCCCCAUUGGCAAGGCGAUGAAUGGCGGACCGGUCAACUCGGGUUCCUAUGUCUUCGGACAUGUUGAAAACCUGACCACAUGGMCGGCGGGGUGGGCGUUUAUGCUUGCGUGGCUGUCGCCUAUCUGGACCAUUGGCGCCUUUGAUUCCUGUGUCCAUAUGAGCGAGGAGGCUACUCAUGCCACACGUGCCGUACCACUCGGUAUCCUCUGGUCGAUCGGGUUAUGUGGCAUCCUGGGGUUUCUGUCUCUUGCAGUCAUAGCAGCCGUGAUGGAUACCAAGCUGGACAACGUUCUGGGGACUGCUUUUGGUCAACCGAUGGCGCAGAUCUACUACGACGCACUCGGUAAACCCGGUGCCCUGGGCUUCAUGGCUGUUGUCGCCAUCGUCCAGUUCUUCAUGGGCCUGAGCCUCGUCCUCGCCGCCUCUCGACAGAGCUGGGCCUUCUCCCGCGAUGGCGCCCUCCCCUUCUCCUCCUUCUUCCGGCACGUCAGCAAACGCAUCCGCUACCAGCCAGUCCGCAUGAUCUGGGGUGUUGUCGCAGCCGCUAUCAUCAUCGGCCUGCUCUGCCUCAUCAACAGCGCCGCCUCAAGCGCUCUUUUCUCCCUCGCCGUCGCGGGGAACGAUCUCGCCUGGCUGACCCCCAUCUUUGCGCGGCUCGUCUGGGGUGGCGAGCGCUUCCAGCCGGGGGAGUUCUACACCGGAUGGCUGAGCAAGCCAAUCGCCGUCACGGCCAUCGUGUAUCUCUUCUUCGCGCUCGUCUUGUGCAUGUUUCCCACCCUGGGACCAGGUCCAGCUCCCGAGGAUAUGAAUUAUACCGUCGUCAUCAACGGUGCGCUUUGGGGCGGUGCGUUGUUGUAUUAUCUGUUGUAUGCGCGCAAGUUCUACAAGGGACCGCAGGCGACGGUUGGACAGUCGUCGUCUACUCCUUCGGAGACGAAUCUGGAGGGGUUGGAUGGGGAGAAGGGUGUCAAAUGA